GAAACUCUGCCUUUGCUCCCUGUGGGCGAGGUCAGCUUCCCCAGCGGGCAGGGAUGGGCAGGCAGGUCUGCAUGGUGCUGGCAGAUCACCUCGGACAUCCCUGGCCCUUCAGCCCCCUCCCCCCUGGGCAAACAGCCUGGAGCCAUCCAAAUCCUUCUGGCAAGAGCCUGGAGUGCCCUAUCCCUGCUGCCCAGCCCUGACUCCAUCGAUGGCAAAGCAAAGAGCAGCUCUGGGACCUCUCCCUUCUCCCCUUCUCCCCCUGGGGGUGUGCUGGGAAGGGCAGAUGGUGACGGUGUGCACGGGAACAGAGGGGACGUGGCUCCAGGGCUGCCUUCAGCCCCUGCUCCGUGCCCUCCCUGGCUUCUUGGGAGGAGCCAUCCCCAAGGGAUGGGAGGUGUGGAUGAGCCCAGGGCUUGGGGUUACCUGGAGCCUGGGAGCCAUCAGGCAGGUGCAUGGGGAAUACAUCUUGGCAGAGACAAGGGAAUGUGUCCCUUCUCCAUUCACCACCAGAAGGGACACCCACAGAGACACCCUGGCAGUGUGUGGCCACUCCUGUUUGCAGACACUGGAAAUAAUAAUUGAUACAGGGCAAAUAUCUGCCUUAGGGGAAGCAUGAAUCUGCUGUGGACAGGGAGUGGUGGGGAAGAGGACAAAUGGUGAGGAUGGCCACAGAGGGGAUAAACUGGAGAGGGCUGAUCUGGAGGCAAGCAGAUUCCCUCUCCUCCACCUUUUUUUUCCUUCCAUCUCUCCCUGUUCAGGUGCUCAGAUCAAGUGCCCCGACGCGUGGUGCUGGCAGGAGGGCAGGCAGUGGUCCUUGUCCCUUCCAGCCCCCAACCAUGGUUUGCAAUGAAAACCAGAAAGCCGGGAGGUGGCCGGGGAGGGAUGGAAUUACCUGGCAGGACCAGUUCCCACCGACCCCUCCAGCCUCUUGGCCACCCCAGGCCCAGCCAUCGGCCACACCCGGGAAGCAGCUGCAUCCCUGGGCUGGUGACAGUGACAGGAGGUGCCAGCAAGGGGGAGGAGGGCACGGUGGUGGGCACCUGUGCCCGCGGCGUGGUGCCAUCAGUGGAGCAGUGAGUGCCCUGUGCCUCAGCCAGCCCCAUCCCCCUGUCCCUGCAGUGGGCCCGCCAUCCAUCGAUGGAUGCUGGCGUCUCAGCCAUCGAUCCCCGCUCACCCGCGCGGCUCCCGGCCUCCGCUGCCGCUCGUUUUUCCGUGAAUGGCACGGGCUGAGUGGGGCGUCUGCGGAACCGAGUCAGGCCAAGCCCCUGCUCCUUGACAGCGCUGCUGCUGUGCCCCUCAGCAGGGCCGAGAGGCCUCACAGGAGCCCCCAGAGGCGCCGGCAGCCGUUUUCCUCACCAGACAAGGUGGUUUUGGUGGUGAUGGUUGGGAUUGGAGCCCCUUCUUGGGGCUUGGGACAGGCAAGGGCUGCUUUUGAGCUGGUUCUGGCCCUCAGACCUCUGAGGCUCAGCAGUGAAGGUGGUGCCUGGCACAGGCUGCUGAGGGAUGGGAGUUGGCUGCAACGUGACCCUGUUCCUGUGGCCUCAGAGAUCCAGGCACCUCCAUGCCUGUCCUCCUGGGAGCCUGGCAGCAGGCAGCUUGCUUCAGGGACACUUCUGGCAUUCACCCAUGGUUUACCUGGGGAGGAGAUGCCCACCAUCGCCUGGCACCGGCCAUGCUGGCACAGCAGCACCACUGUUGCCCUCACUGGGGACCAGAGCCUGGAGAACAAGGUGCUCUCCAGCCCGGCACCUCCCCACGCUGCCAGCCAGGGGCUCCUGCCGCCGCUCUGCCCACACCCUGCCACCGUGGCAGUGGGUCUGCCCCUCACAAUCUGGACGGCUGUUUUAUUUCUAUGGCAACAUUUCUCCCGAAACACUUCAGAGGGAGCCUGGUGCUGUUUGAUAAUGAGGGAAGCAGCGUCCCCCAUUCUGUCCCCUGCAAAAGGCUCGGAGAAACGACCCUGACACAUCUCCCCACCUCCUUCCCUCCCCGGCAAGCGGUACCAGCGUUGGUACAAAGAGCUGCUGGCCUUGUCCCAGCUGCCUCUCUGCUGCCUGCUCUCCUUUCCCCUGCCUUCAGCCGGGCUCUCCCCGCUCCCUUCCUGCUGGCAGCGAGCACAAGCACCCGCGCAGACUGCCCAGCUGAAAGGAGCCAGAGCAGGUGGAUGUGGAAAGCGCCUGUGCCCCAGAGGAGGGCAAAGCCCGGGAGAGCUGCGCGGAUCGGCCCCGCCGGUGAGCGCGGGGCUGAAGGGCACCGGGCACCCCCGAGCCGGGCACACAGGCGCUUCACCCUCUGAAAAGCUCGAUGGCACCGUGAAGAGGCGGUGCCUGCCGCGGGACCUGGCACAGCGGCCUCAGAACUCCUCUCCUCUCCUGUUCGCGCUGCUCCCAGCACCGAGAGAGAGCCUCGUGUCUGGGCGGAGGGGAGCGGGCAGGAGCCGCGGGCAGCGCCACAGGCGACAGGCAGGCGCGUGCCCAGGAGCAAUCGCAAUGGCAGCGCUGGUCCCAGCUCGCCAGAGGUGAAACCUGGAGCUGCCCAGUCCCACGUGAGUGCUGCUGCAUGAGCUCCCACGCCCUGCCAGCUCCCACGGCCCCCUGACACCCGAUGACCGAGCAAGCCAUGGGCAGCGUCCGAGUCAAUCGGUACAGCAUUGUCUCCACCGAAGAGGAUGGACACAAGGUCUCUACUCUGGGCAGCAUGAACGGGCACAGCCGGAAUGGGAAGGGCCACGCUCCCCGGCGGAAGCACCGCAACCGUUUCGUGAAGAAGAACGGCCAGUGCAACGUUUACUUUGCCAACCUGAGCAACAAAUCUCAGCGCUACAUGGCCGACAUCUUCACCACCUGUGUGGACACGCGCUGGCGGUACAUGCUGAUGAUCUUCUCCGCCGCCUUCCUGGUCUCCUGGCUCUUCUUCGGCUUCCUCUUCUGGUGCAUUGCUUUCUUCCAUGGUGACCUCAAUGCGCCGGCAGUGGCAGGUAGCCCCUCUCUCCUCAAGCCCUGCAUCAUGCACGUGAACAGCUUCCUGGGGGCUUUUCUUUUCUCAGUGGAGACACAGACAACCAUCGGGUACGGCUUCCGCUGCGUGACCGAGGAGUGCCCGCUGGCCAUCAUGGCAGUUGUGGUGCAGUCCAUCGUGGGCUGCGUGAUUGACUCCUUCAUGAUUGGCACCAUCAUGGCCAAGAUGGCAAGGCCCAAGAAGCGGGCCCAGACCCUUCUCUUCAGCCAUCAUGCCGUGAUCUCCGUGCGGGACGGCAAACUGUGUCUCAUGUGGAGGGUGGGCAACCUGAGGAGGAGCCACAUUGUGGAGGCCCAUGUCAGAGCCCAGCUCAUCAAGCCCUACAUGACGGAGGAAGGGGAAUACCUCCCACUGGACCAGCGGGACCUAAAUGUGGGCUACGAUGUGGGUCUUGAUCGUAUAUUUUUGGUCUCACCCAUUAUUAUCGUUCAUGAGAUUGAUGAGGAGAGCCCCCUCUAUGGGAUUGGCAAGGAAGAGCUGGAGACGGAGAAUUUUGAGAUUGUGGUUAUUCUGGAGGGGAUGGUGGAAGCCACAGCCAUGACCACACAGGCACGAAGCUCUUACCUCGCUAGCGAAAUCCUUUGGGGUCAUCGCUUUGAACCAGUCGUGUUUGAGGAGAAGAACCACUACAAAGUGGAUUACUCGCGCUUUCACAAGACAUACGAGGUAGCUGGCACACCUUGCUGCUCAGCCCGGGAGCUGCAAGAAAGCAAGAUGACCAUCUUACCUUCUCCUCCACCUCCCAGUGCCUUCUGCUAUGAGAAUGAGCUGGCACUUGUCAGUCAAGAUGAAGAUGAAGAUGAUGAUGAAGUGGGUGUGGUGUUAGGGGGCAACACCAAGGAGGAGGGAGGUAUCAUCCAGAUGAUGGAUUUUGGAAGCCACCUGGACCUGGAGCGGCUCCAGGCAACUCUGCCUCUAGAUACAAUCUCAUACCGCAGGGAGUCAGCCAUCUAACUCCUCCAGCCUCCCCGUUCCUCACCCAUUGCCUACAGUCUCCUCUGUUCCGUACCCAUACACUGGAUAAUUUCCUUCACCACCAGAUAAUGCCUCCCAUGAUUGCCUCUCAGCCCCAAACACACCAAGGCCUGGAGCUGCUCGGAUAUACUCCCUUUCUCACCAGGUCCUAAUGCCUGGGAGAGGAGUGAGGAUACACUGCUCUUUCUGGGUACGCAGCUUGGGCUAGAACCCCUUCCCUGCCCAGAGACAGGAGGGCAGCAGGCCUGGUUUCUUGUCUCUGGAGAGGUGACAGGAGUCCCUGCCUUCAGUGGACAGAUUGGGACCCACAGCAAGUGUUUCUGCUGCUGAGGCGAGAGCAGACUUUCUGUCCCCUCUCACUAUGGGUAGGCCCCAUGGCUGUCAAGGGUCAUCGCCAUCGCUGGGAGAGGAGCAACACCUAAGCACUGACCAGAUGAGGAUAGAAGGGAGAGUUUGGGACUCUUGGAGGGAGUGGGGAAGGAUCUCAAGGAAGGAGUUUACUUGCAUGUUUGUUGCUUGUUGCACAUGAUUCUGUAUAUAAAAGAGAAGGAGAACUGAAAUCGAUAUUCUCCCACAGCAAAUGCCAAGCUAGGAGACAAGGACAUUCUACAUAGGCUGCUCUGCACUCUCCUUGGCUUUUGGUGUCUGUCACCUCCAGAAGCAGCUCGGCUCCAUGGACUUGGAUCCAGUUCUCCCAGUCCUCUGGAAAAACAUGUCCUGCUCCUCUCCUGAGAUACUGGCAGAGGAGGCAGAGCCCUGUGCUUACCACACUCAGACUGCUCCCUGGCGCAGCACAGCCAGAUGGCACACAGGUGACCUGACUGGACAGCAGACCCUCCACUUGCUCCUUUUGCCUCCUCCAUUCUUCUCCCUGAUGCCAUCAGCUGUAAAACAGAAUUUGUAACUAUUUAUUUUUAAUAAAGUCUAAUAUCCCAAGGGGAGGUUUGGAAGCAAAGGACAGACUCCAAGGCUGCAGCCUGGUAUAGAGACUGAUGAGGGUUAUUAGGGCUGGUGUUUGCUAUUUGUAUGGCAUUGGACCCUGGAAGCUCCACCACGAGCGCUCUCUUGUUCUGGACCUCUCUGGUAAAGGCCUAUAACAAGAGACUCAGAGAAUUUGCUCAGG